GCAGCAGGAGCACCAGCAGUAACGUUACAGUGGUAGUAAGAGGGGAGAGAACCGACAAAAUUUAUUCGCCGGCGAUUCGACGAGAACUAACGCGUCGACGUACUGAGAGUUAAGUACACAGGGAGAGAGACCGAAGCCGGGCACAUUCGCAAGAGAAACGAGGAAGGACAAGAGAGAUCCAGUGAGAAUUUCUCAGUCGUACAGACGAGCAAUACAUUGCCAGGCAGACAGACGAGGAACGAGCGUGCGUGAACGAGGAGCGGCACCGGGUAUAUUUUAGUAGUAAAAGUGAACUCGAUUUGUGGUUUAUUUAUUAAUAAUAAUUAUAUACGUAUAAAUAAUUACUGUAAAAUCUUUAGUAAGUGCAUAGUAAUCAGGUGAAAUGGCCGGUGAAAAACGUAAUCAAGAACAUGAAGAAGAAACCCAGCGCAAGGAGACAAUUGUGAUCGUUGACAUCGAGGGAACGACCACCAGCAUAAGCUUCGUGAAGGACACUCUGUUCCCGUACGUUCGUGAGAACCUCAAGGAUUAUGUGGAAAAAAAAUGGGACGAUGCUGAAUUUAAGGAGGACGUUGCGAAGCUCAAGGAGCAGGCGGAGAAAGACACAGCUGAUAAAGUUGAAGGCUUGGUGUCUAUCACUGGUGACAAACCAGAAGAGACCAAGGAAUCAUUGAUCAAGAAUAUCUUGUGGCAAAUGGAUAAUGAUCGUAAAAGUGGUGCUCUUAAGCAACUUCAAGGUCACAUGUGGAGAGAUGCUUACAAGUCUGGCGCAGUCAAGGGCCACGUUUAUGAGGAUGUGCCAAAAGCACUUGAGGACUGGACAAAAAAUGGCCGCAAAGUGUACGUCUAUUCAAGCGGAAGCGUUGAAGCGCAAAAGUUGUUGUUUGGCAACUCUGAGCACGGCGAUCUGCUCAAGUACUUCAGCGGUUAUUUUGAUACUGAAGUGGGUCCUAAGCAGGAGGCGUCAAGCUACAAGAGUAUUCUUGCUAAAAUAGAAUGCGAUGAUGCAUCAAAGGUACUGUUUCUUACUGAUGUUGCUAAAGAAGCUAAAGCUGCAGUUGAAGCUGGAAUUACAUCGGUAAUAGUCGCACGCGAGGGCAACGCAGCUCUUACUGCUGAAGAAAAAACAACCUACUCAACUGUAAAAACAUUCUUAGAUCUGGCUUUUCAAACGUCUGCCAAGAGACAAAAAUUAGAUUCUGAGACUGAUAAGGAACCAAAAAAAACUGAAGAAACUGCUGUUAAAGCUAGUGAACCAGCUGAUGCAGUUGAGGAUGUUGAGAUGAAAGACGUCAGUGAGAAAGAAGUUGAGAAGAAGCCUGAAGUUAAGAGUGUUGCUGCUGAUGAAGAGAAGAGCAAACCUGUUGAAGAAACUCCCGUAAAAUCAGCUGAGGCUCCUAAAGAAGCCAUGGAGACUGAAACAACGACAGUGGCAACAGUCGAGGCCGAAAAAUCAAAGCCAGAGACUGAAAAAGUUGCUGAUGAUAAAACCACGAAAAAAACUGAAGAACCAGCAGCAGUUGAGCCGUCGACCAGCGAUGCUGAUAAACCAGAAAAAGAUGAAAAAAAAUCAGAUGAAAAAUCUGACAUUCCAGUUGAAGACAAAGAUAAAAAAACUGAACAAUCAAAAUCCGAACCAACCACUAACCUCACAGAGAACAAGACUGAACAGCCUGAAAAAGUCGCUGAUGCACCCAAUGCUGAGACUAAAAUGGAGACUGAAGUUGAUAAAAAAACAGAGACUGCAGUAGUGGAAGAGAAAGCUACUAAAGAGACAACUAAAACUGAGGAAACUCCCAAAGCUGAUGAAAAGAAACCUGAAGAAGUUAAAGAACCAGCUGCCAGCAAGACUGAGACCAAGGAAGCCGAAGAUAAACCUAUUGUUGAAGAAGUUAAACAAAAUGGCGACUCAAAACCUGAAAAGAUCGAGUCGAUAACAACAAAUGGUACAGCGACAGAGGCCAAGACAAAUGGUGACUCUAAAGAAACGACUGCUGCACCAGAGACGAAGGAACCUGAGAAGGCUGUUGCUGAAAACGCAAAGCCCGAGGCCACUGAACCCGAGCCGGUUAAAUCGGAAUCUGUCAAAGAGGAAGAAAAAACUAAAGACGAGGUUGUAGAGAAGAAAUUGAAUGGCAGCACACCAACCACUGAGAAAGACGAUACGACGGAGACGACACACAGAAAUGGAGUCAACGAAGAGACUAAACAGAAUGGUGCCGACGAGAGCCCGGUCGACAAGGAGUCCAUCAAGGUCAAGAAAGUCGUCGAGUCCAUCGCGGCGGACGGAGCUGGUGAGCCUGAUGUUGUUCCACCAGUAGCAGUAGUUGCCGCGACGUCCUAAUAAUUUCGCCUCCCGAGUUACUUUUAUGGUAAAAUAUAAUAAUUAAAAAGAAAAGAAAGAAGAAGAAAAAAAAAAAAUAUGAAAAUGAAAAAACAAAAAAAAAAAAAAUAAUCAUACAUAACUCCGUGUCCCUGACUCAAUAUUUAAUAUUACGAUAAAACAAAAAUAUAAAAAAGUUCAUAAGUUUAACGAUUUCCAAAUCCCAUCCCAACGAAAUUCGCACUUGAAAUAAAUACAUUACGUGCUCGAGUGCCAGGUGAAUAGAGAUUCAAUUUUAAACAAUUCAUUUUUUAAAAUUAAACUAAAAGGAAAUAAAAAAAUCAAAUUUUUAUAUUAUCCUUUGUCUAAGACAUAGACUUUGAAAAAUUAUUUUAACUCAUCAACGAUUCACUUAAAUUAUUUAUAGAUUUUAAAAAAAUUGCAUUUGUCUGUUGUCUUCUUUUUGUUUUAGCAAAAAUAUUGUCAGUAUUUAAUUUGAUCGGCUUUUUGCAAUGGGCGACAAAUUCUUUCCUGUUAAAACUCUGUGCCAAAUAAUUUUUAUAUCAAACUUUUUUUUUUCUUUUCUUAAUUUGUUUUUCCAUUUGAUAACUAAAAUAUUUCCCGUAAUUGUUGAGCUCUGUCUUGUAUUAUUUUAAAAUUGAAAACAAAAAUGAAAAAAACUCGCGACGAUUAUUACUACACUCAAGACUGAUAAUCCGUGAGCACAUCAGGAAUUGUUGGCCUAUCGAGAUUGCGAUUGAGAUGCCAUUUUUUUUGUGUGUGUGUGUGUAAACAUAAACAGUGUACUUAAUAAUUUAAUAUUACGUGCUUUAUAUGAUAAUUAUUGUAAUAGUAAUGAUAAUUAUAAUGAUAAUAAUAAUAAUAACAACAACAAUGAUGAUAAUA